AUGUUCACUUCGACAAUCUUCACCGGCCUAAUUCUGGGCCUAGCCCAAGUCCCAAGCAGCUUCGCGCUGCCAGCAGCUGAAGCCACCCAAAAUGACUUCACCAUCAGCCAUGUCGCAUCAGACUACUUCCCGCACUCGAAGAGCGACCUCAGCGCCUUCGAUGUGGACGUCCGCUACGUGGGCUAUACGCCCGCAACGCAAGCCUGGCUGACAUCCCUGGAUCCGCACAGCGGCUCCAGCGAUGAAGACAAGGCACGCAUGCUCACCGAAGCAGCCUAUGCAAAGCCCUACGAUGACAAUGACACCGACAUGGCAAGUGACGUACAGGCCAUGCUCGCCCGCAUCGCCGGUAACAGCACCACCACCAGCAGUAGCAUCCAGAAGCGAUCUACCUUCUCGACCAGUGCUGCGCAUGCCGUUGUCUGGACAGCAUGCGGCGCUUUCUUUUCUUGUGUCUCUGGUCAGACUUGCACCUUCAGCGAGGAUAUUCAGAAGGCCCCGCGCAGCCACUGUGAGUCGCAUGGUGGGUCUAACUGCUGCAUCAGUUGGUCGAACUAUAACGUUCGUGCUGGAUUCUUUUCUACUACUUGGACCACUUGCAAUGAGGAGGUUGCGGCUGAGGGGAAGACUAGUGCUUCCUGUGAGGGCUAUGGCAGCAGUGAUCAGGGGGUGAUGUCUGUCUUAGCAACCGGGCUAGUGGUUGUACUUAGGGUUUAG